AUGCAGAACAACUCUCACUCUACUAAUGAGAACCACGAAAACGGCUUCGUAGAUCCUCGAGUCUUAAAUCAAAUCCACGACCACGACCUCGACCUCCCUGACUCCACACAAGAGGACUCACUCGAACAAUCACAAACCUCCUCCGGUAGCUCGUCGCCACCUACCGCACGAAAAGCCUUCCUUCCUACGGGAUGCUGUUACGAUGACCGCAUGAAACUGCAUGCUAAUGCCGACUGGUCUGCCAAUCCACAUCACCCCGAAGACCCUCGUCGUAUUGAGGCUAUUAUGAAAGCUUUCAAAGAUGCAGGCCUCGUCUACACUGGACCCACAUCUGAGCUCACCCAGCAGCUCAAGAUCUCUCCAACUAGAUGGAUGUGGCGGAUCGCAGCGCGAGAAGCAACCCCGGAGGAGAUCUGUCUCGCACAUGCCGCUUCUCAUUAUGAAUGGGUCCGCGGACUGUCCUUGAAAUCCGCUGCCGAGUUACGCCGAAUGACGGUGGACAUGGACGCGGGUCGGAAGUCCCUCUACGUUGGCACUCUCACCUACGAAGCUGCUCUGAUCUCAGCGGGAGGAGCCAUCGAGACAUGUAAAAACGUAGUUGCAGGCUAUGUGAAGAACGCCAUUGCUGUCAUUCGGCCGCCAGGCCAUCACGCAGAACCCAACGAGGCCAUGGGCUUCUGUGUCUUUAAUAAUGUUCCCAUCGCUGCUAAGGUCUGUAUGGCCGACUACCCCGAGGUAUGUCGCAAGAUCCUCAUUCUGGACUGGGAUGUCCAUCACGGGAACGGCAUCCAGAACAUCUUCUAUGAAGACCCGAACGUGCUCUACAUAUCUUUGCACGUCUACUCGGAAGGCUCUUUCUACCCCGGCCAACCCGAAGACCCAGGAAUCCCGGAUGGUGGGAUGGAGAACUGCGGUGCUGGUCUCGGAGCAGGCCGCAAUGUCAACAUUGCAUGGCAUGACCAGGGAAUGGGAGACGGCGAGUACAUGGCCGCAUUCCAGCGCAUCGUGAUGCCGAUCGCCCAGGAAUUCGACCCCGACUUCGUCAUCAUCUCGGCGGGUUUCGACGCUGCGGCCGGCGAUGAGCUGGGAGGUUGCUUCGUCACACCUGCGUGCUACUCUCACAUGACGCAUAUGCUGAUGUCUCUCGCGAAUGGCAAAGUCGCAGUCUGUCUCGAGGGCGGCUACAACCUGAGUGCCAUCUCGAGAUCAGCUUUGGCCGUGGCGAAGACACUGAUGGGUGAGCCGCCCGAACGGAUUGCCAUCCCGCCGUUGAAUAAGGAGGCGGCGCAGGUCCUCAACCGGGUCAGGCAGUACCAAGCCCCCUACUGGGAGUGUAUGCGUCCGGGCGUCGUCCCAGUGAAGGAGAUCGAAGAGCAAGGAGCUGUUCGUCUGCACGAUGCACUCCGCACGUAUCAGCGGCGCAUCUUGACCCAGAAAUACAAGAUGGUGAGUCUGUAUAUCCUGCGGGAGCAGAUCUCGCGGAGUUUUGAAGACCAGGUCCUGGCUACCCCGGGACUCCACAAUGCGAAGAAGAUCCUACUUAUCAUCCACGAUUCCCCUGAGGUUCUAGCUGCUCCCGACCCAGUCGAUAACAAAGUGUCCUCCCACAACGCCUGGAUGACCGACAGCGUCCUCCCCUACAUCGACCAAGCCAUCUCCGCCGGCUACGGCAUCCUCGACAUCAACAUCCCCGCGCACCUCAGCGCGCCCACACCAACCGCAUCCUCCACGCCCCGACCCCUCGCCCCCACCUCCCCCCAAACCCCCUCCAUCGAAUCGCAAACGCGCGAACUCCUCUGCUACCUCUGGGACAACUACCUCUCGUACCACCCCUCCCUCACACUAAUCCCCAUCGGCAUCGGCGACUCCUACAUCGGCAUAAAACAGCUCCUCCUCUCCCGCCCCUGCCGCACCGCAAUCCCAUGCAUCCUCUCCUUCGUCUCCGGCUCCCUGCGCCCCAUCCGUUCCGAAACCGACCCAGGACUCUCAUCCUGGUAUAAAUCACACAGCCGUAUCUACGUCUCCCCCGACCAUGCGUGCUGGAGCGACGUAGACGCAGUGAAGAAAGUUAAAAAGAAUCGUUUUGGUGGCGUGGUUAGGAGUGAGGUGGAAGGCACAAGGGCGAUGUUGGAUAGAUAUAGAGAGGAGGCGUUGAUGUGGGUAGAGGGUAUGGUUAAGGAGAGGUGGAGAGAGAUGGGGAGGGGAGAGGAUGGGGAGGAGUUGGGAGAGGGGGAUGGGGAGGAUGGGGAUGAGACGGAGGAGGAGGUGGAGCAGGAUAGGAGGUAG